AUGUCAUGGACUCUGUUUCAGUUCAUGCGUGUUGUUACUGUUGUUGUUUUUGUUCUCAUGGGGUGUUUGUGUUUGUGUUUGGGUGGUUCAGGCUCUAGUACUCAUCGUCAUCACGUUCAUGUAGCCGGGAAUGAGACGGAUCGGCUAGCCUUGCUUGCAUUCAAGGCUGAAAUAACCGGUGAUCCCUUCGGGGCUCUAAACUCGUGGAAUGAAUCCAUCCACUUGUGUCAAUGGGCUGGCAUAACAUGUGGCCGACGACACCAGAGGGUGACUGAGUUGAUACUGGAUCAUCGAAAAUUGACAGGCUCAAUUUCGCCUCACAUUGGAAAUCUGAGCUUUCUUAGGGGACUGUGGUUGCGUAACAAUAGCUUCACUCAUCAAAUCCCCCCUGAACUUGGCCAUCUACGGAGACUACAAAUAUUGACACUACUCAAUAAUUCUAUUGGUGGUGAAAUUCCCGCCAAUAUAUCUGCUUGCUCUAACCUUGUUGCCCUUGAGCUUUCUGGCAAUAGUCUAGCUGGGAAAAUUCCCGUGGAGCUUGGUUCUCUGUCUAAGCUCGAGCAGUUGUACAUUGAAAGAAACAAUCUAACAGGUGGCCUUCCUUACACUUUUGGGAAUCUGUCAUCCCUUCUUGAAUUAUAUGCGAAUCUCAAUAAUAUCAAUGGGAGUAUACCUGAAACCCUGGGCCGAUUGACAAACUUAAACUUUCUUGCAUUGGGGGAGAACAAGUUGGUUGGUAAUAUUCCUUCCUCAAUCUUUAAUCUCUCUUCCAUCACAGUUUUUGAUAUACCAAUAAACCAAGUUCAAGGGAGACUUCCCUCAGAUCUUGGAAUUUCUUUUCCAACUCUUCAAUGGUUUUCAGUUGAAAGUAACUUGUUUACUGGAUCCAUUCCUAUUUCAAUAUCAAAUGCAACCAACCUGAAUACCCUUGACUUGGGAGAAAAUAAAUUUAUUGGAAGAGUGCCUCCUUUGGGAAUGAUGCACAAUCUUGGGUGGAUAAACUUUGAAGACAAUCAUCUUGGAACAGGGGAAGCAGGUGAUUUGAAUUUUCUUAGCUCAUUGCCCAAUGCCACCAAUUUGAACUUUUUGAGGCUGGGCUUGAACAACUUUGGAGGGGUGUUGCCAGAAUCAAUUGGCAAUUUGUCCACUAAUCUUGGUAUCCUUUUUUUGGAUAACAAUAAAAUAGGUGGGAGCAUCCCAACCGAGAUGGCGAAUUUGGUCAGUUUGCAGGUUUUGGACAUGUCAAACAAUCAUUUCAUCGGUAACAUUCUUGCUGAUAUUGGGAAGCUACAACAGCUACAAAAUUUGGAUCUCUCGGGUAAUAAAUUCUAUGGGAAAAUUCCAUUGUCUUUGAAAAAUUUGACUUUGCUAGAGCAUCUUUAUUUACAAGUAAAUAAUUUGCAUGGCAACAUUCCUCCAAGUCUGGGAAAAUGCCCCCUUGUAGAUCUGAAUCUUGGUGGAAACAAUCUUAGUGGUACGAUACCCAAACAAGUUCUAACUCUCUCAUCAUUAUUGAACUUGUACCUACAUGACAACCAUUUGGUUGGGUCCAUACAACUAGAAAUUGGGAAUUUAAUAAAUCUUGAACAAUUAGAUGUUUCUAGGAAUAUGUUGUCUGGAAAAAUUCCAAGCACUCUUGGUAAUUGUGUAAAAUUGAGAUUUCUAUAUAUACAGAGCAAUAAUUUCUGGGGAACUCUUCCUUCAUCUUUAAGUUAUUUGAGAGGUAUUGAGAAAUUAGAUCUUUCUCACAAUAAUUUCUCAGGAAAAAUCCCAGAUUAUUUUGAGGGUUUUGUCUUCUUACAAAAAUUAGAUCUAUCAUUCAAUGAUUUUGUGGGUGCGGUACCAGAAAUAGGCAUAUUUAAAAAUGCAACGGCUAUUUCUAUUAGGGGAAACAACAAGCUUUGUGGUGGUAUACCUAAACUACAUUUGCAUAGUUGCAAUACCAAGGGAUUCAAAAGGAAAAGAUUUACACCCAUCUUGAAAAUAAUAAUCCCCACAUCGUUUGGUCUUCUGGGACUAGUAAUACUGUUGUGUUUACUGUAUCUUUGUUGCUUUAGAAAGACAACAAAAGUACCCUCUUUGAGAUGUUUAGGGAAGUCAUAUGUGAAAUUGUCCUACCAAAGCCUACUCAAGGCAACUGAUGGGUUCUCUCCAGGCAACAUGAUAGGCAUGGGUAGUUUUGGUUCAGUCUACAAAGGAAUUCUUGAUCACGGUGAAAAAGUUGUUGCAGUGAAGGUACUAAACCUUCAAUUCCGUGGAGCUUCCAAGAGUUUCGUUGCUGAGUGUGAGGCCUUGAGGCGCAUCAGACAUCGAAAUCUUGUCAAGGUUUUCACAGCAUGUUCAAGUGUUGACUAUAAUGGUAAUGAUUUCAAAGCUCUGGUUUACGAGUUCAUGGUCAAUGGUAGCCUAGAGGAUUGGUUACAUGCAAAUGAAAAUGAAGAUGAGGUUCAUGUUGAAUCAAGAAAUUUAAACCUCCUACAAAGGUUAAAUAUUGCCGUUGAUGUUGCUUCUGCACUUGAUUAUCUUCACCAUCAUUGCUCGGAACCAAUAGUUCACUGUGAUUUGAAGCCGAGCAAUGUUCUUUUGAAUGAUGAAAUGACUGGACAUGUAGGUGAUUUUGGGUUAGCUAGAUUCCUUCCGGAAGGCACCUAUAAUUCUUCUACAACUCAAUCAAGUUCCAUUGGCUUAAGAGGGUCCGUUGGUUAUGCUGCUCCAGAGUAUGGUAUGGGAAAUGAGGUGACGACAUCUGGUGAUGUAUACAGUUAUGGUAUCCUCUUAUUGGAAAUGUUUACGGGGAAGAGACCUACUGAUAACAUGUUUAAUGAUAGUCUGAGUCUCCAUAACUUUGCUAAGAUGGCUUUACCUGAACAAGUAGCGAGUGUUGUUGAUCCAACACUAAUUCAACAAAGAGAAAUUGGGGAGGGAAGCUCAAGCACCGAAAACACUCAGAAUCAGAGCUCUACUGGCAGUCAUAAAAUUUAUGAGUGCUUGAUUUCAAUACUUAAUAUUGGAAUCGCAUGUUCACAAGAACUACCAAGAGAUAGACCAACCAUUAAUCAUGUUGUUACUCAGUUGUUUGUGAUCAAGAACAACUUUCUUCGAACUGAUGGAGUUCAUGGAGGAAGAAGAGCUAGAAUUACAGUGUGAGCAUGAGUAGGUACUUGAGGUCUGAUUGGAGUUCAAGAUCUUUUUCAACUCAGCAACUAUGUUAUAUUAUCCUAUGCUUUAAUUUCUUUUUGUUUUUCCCCCCUCCUUCUUUUAUGUUUUUAGUUUGUCUCAAGCAUGCACUUUUCUCAUCUAAAUGUACUUCGGGAAGGCUAUGGUUUGCAAUGGCUAUCUAUCCUAUUUUAUACUCUAAAAUAGGUUCAUAUGACUUGCAAUGGUUCCAAACAAGUUGUUGCUGUAGAACUUAUAAUCUUUGUUGUGUUUGUUCGGAGGUAUGAAAGAAUGGGAUUAGAUUAUA